UUUGAUUACGUGCCCUUGAGAAGGGGGACAAACGUUGUGCCCGAAUUGCAUAAAAAUUAUGUACCUUGCAAAAAUAAUGGUCACUGCUAAAAUGUAACCUCGAUUGCGACGAUGCAUGCAUUGUUUCGUAGGGAUUGCAUGGGAAUAAAUGCUGAAAAUAAAGGUCUGCAAUUUUCGCUUUAAUUGAGAACGGAAAAAUGGCGGAUUUGGUUCACUCGAAAGUACCACCAAAUUUGAAAGGAAAUGGUGAAAAUGGAAGCGUCAAAUGUGCUGCCUAUUGUCACAGAAAGUAAAGUAGUUAGUGCUCAAUAUGCAGAUAAUGGGGCAGUGCUUUACCAAGGACAAGGGGAUGCAUAUGGAAGUAUACAGCAUGUAACAGACGAAGUCCCACCUGUUAUCAUGGCAGACCAAUCUGCCCAGAAUCAGGGUGAUUUUCUGAAUGGGAGCCAGGAACUUUUCAGUCAACAAUCAGGACAGCCUGCAUAUACUGGUAAUGAUGUUGGCCAGACUCAGACACUUGCUGCAGCCAAUGUUGCCAAUGACAACAGUUCAUCCCAGGUAAUUGCUGACUUUGACCAAGUCCCUGUGACAGAGCCUGCUAUAGUUCCUGAGAAAUACAUACUCUUGGAGGAGUCAGGUUAAUGAAAGCAAACAGCUUGUUGCUGGCAUUGAAGCCGGUUGUCAAAGUAUCAACUGAUAUUAUAAAUACUGGGGGUCAAAUCAAUACUGUUUCAGAGGGUGAUUCUGGCAAUGCUGUUAAGGAUAAGUCAAUGUCUCCUCCAGUUUUAGUGGAGGAGAAGGAAGUUUAAUG